AUGAAUAGCGAUAGACAACUUAUUCGAACAGAUCUUAGCAAUCCAUUCAAAACAAUAGGCCCUUUAGAAAACCCCGUUGUGGAGAACCUUAUUAAACGAUUCACUAAAGGCCUUUUUAUAGACAACAGAAAUAUAGCCGAUCCAAUUGUAACACCGGAAUUUUUCGAAACUCAGCAAAGAGGAGAGAUCCGCUAUAUGGAGAAUGAUUUUGAAACACCUUUUCAUCCAAAUCCGAUGCGAACCAGCAAUGAUUCUCAUCGAAUGCUUUAUCUAUAUGGAUCAGAAUAUUUAUUUAAUUCACUUUUAUACCACGCAUAUGAGGAUGAUCGAUUAAUUGUCGAGAUUGACGAAAAUUUAUUGUCGCCACAAUAUAAGAGUUUGGUUCGAACCACAUGCAAUGAGGUUCACUCUGACAAUGUCUUCAAAUCAAUGUGCCUCGGCAAAUUAAUCCCCGAAAUCGAAAAAAUUGAUCAAAUUAAAUUAAUAAAUUUAAAUUAUAAAUUAAUUGUCGAAUUAUUUAAUUAUUUCACCACAAAUAAUAAUAUUACAGCACGUUUACUGAUGUACGUGAAAGGUGAACUACGUCGACGACAAAUUCUUGUUAGCUCUGCUCAUCUUCAAGCUGAUCUCCGAUUCAUUAUUCAGGAUGAGAAAUUUGCAGCGAUUUUAAAAUUGAAUAAAUUUAUAGCCAGGCUCCAUCGUAGCGCUAUUGAAGGAGUAAACAGUGAUACAAUAACGCAACUUACGCCACUCGCUAAAACUUUCAUCGGUCCAUAUCUUGCCAGAGCGCUACGUAAAGGCUUGCCGUUCCCUCUUAAGGAUUCGGUUCGAUUUAUAAAUCCCGUUCUACGAAUUCACGAUGGUUUUGCUGAAUUGGCCACCGAUUUUCGUUUGGGGGAAAGAAAUUUACGCGAAAAAAUUAAAAAAGCUUUCAAUGAGAAUUUCGAGAAAAUUUAA